CAGUGACAUUCAUCCAAGCAAAAGAUUUUUCGUUAAUUAGCAAGUAUUUUGGUAGAAUUUUAACAACACAAGAACUAGAUAGACUCAAGAAGGUGCAUAAUUUAUAUGUAGAAUUAGAAGCAAAUGGUGCACUAAGUAAAAUGAAAAACUCAAUUGAAGCACAGUAUGGGCUACUAACAAAAACACCAUGUAGAUGCAAUAAAGAAAGAAAUUGUUGCAAAAUUUUAAAAAGUAUUAACAAAAGAAAAAGCCAGGCUUUGAAAGGAGAAAAAGGAAAAAAGAAGAGCCCAAGCAUAGCAAUCAAUGCAUCAAAUGAUGAAAAAAGAAAUUAUGAUAAAACAGAUUGUAGAUAG